AUGGAUCACUACGCUAUUUCAAUUCAUGGCGCUCUUUUAUCAGAUCGAAGUGGAGCAAUCGCCCUCGACGAAUUGGAGACGGCAAUUCGAAAUUUGGGUCUCGAACAGACACGAGAUGAACUCGACAAAAUCAUCGAUGAGGUAGACCAGCGCGGAAAUCAUCAAAUUGACUUUGACGAAUUCUGUGUGGUGAUGAGGCGGCUGUACAUGAAAAAACGAAGCUGGAAUGAGGUCGUAAAAGAAUGCUUCAGCGUUUUUGAUCGGGCUGAUGUCGAUGGUAAUGGUUUGAUAGACUACGACGAGUUCUCCUAUAUGGUGAAGAACUAUAUGACUGAUGAAGAUAUCAACUAA